AUGUAUGUUGUAUAAUACUCGUGGCAAAUACUCAGACUGCUUUGCCAUUCUGUAAAAAUACAACAUUGAAGAAAUUCAAACAAAACAAAAACCUUUAUUACCUUUUGAUAUAGGUUCUGUUUCAUUAAAUCUUAUUGCUGCGACGGCGCUCGCUCGAAACUAAUUUUUUUAUUUAGUAUUAGCUUUAAAAAUCUUUGUUAACUCAUUUUUGAUGGACAACAUGUUACAGAUGAGGCUAUAGAAUACGGAAGCACAGGUAAUCUAUAUUGUGUAGUAAAAGCUUAUCCUGAAGCAGAAGUCAAAUGGUACCAUAAUGGAACUAGUUUAGAAUAUUCUGAUAACAUCGAAAUAAAUGCAGAUAAAAACACUUUGACAAUAAAAAAUAUGACUUUAGACGACAUCGGAAAUUAUACAUGUGAAGCCUACAACGAAGGGAACAGACAGUUAUUGUCUGCUCAUGUUACUAUAACUGGGAUCGAGAUACUGAAACAACCAGAUGAUAAUAUAGAAAUCAUAUGCAGCAUAGAAAAAGGUAAACCUAAACCAAAUAUAAAAUGGGAAUAUAGAACAGACUCUUACGGAGAAUUCGAUGUUAUACCGGAUGGUGUUGUCGUCGAUGAGAAUGUUCUCACGAUCCCAUCAGCGACUGUUGAUCACAAAGGAGAGUAUAAAUGUACUGCCACUAAUAUAGUUGGUGAAGGAAGUUCAGUGACUGAACUGAAAAUACGAUACGCUCCGAAAAUAACAAAUGACGAAAAUACUUUUGUCGAAGUCAUGGGAGGAGAUCUAGUGGAGCUGCCGUGUGAAGUAGACGCUAUACCCGAGGCUACGGUGAGAUGGGAAAUGUAUCAGGAUGAUGUGAUCGUAAAUUUGGGUGAUCGGCAUUCAAUAAAAGAUAAUAAUAGUCUUAUUCAGUACCCAAAGCAGCAGCAAAGUUCUGUUGAAGGUGCACCAGCGAGAUUUUCCAAUCGGCGUAUCAUCAAAGAAGACAAAGAAGGGACACUUGUUUUCUGCGCCCAGGCCAGUGAUGUACUAAAAUAUCACCCUGCAGAGCAACAGUCAAUAAUAUAA